CGCAAGUGUCAAAGUUGUGUUGACAGUAGUAGCAGCAGGAACUGUCAGGGCGAGGUAGCUAACAUCACGAGCCGAAUGGAGUAAUUAUCUCGUUAUAUUUCAAGAAAAUCAAACCCCCACCACAUUCCUUAUAACACCGUUAACCUCCAACGAAGCCAUGGCAGAGGACUCGAGUGCUCAAACUUGGUCCAUCAACAAGGACGACUAUGUACUCAACGAGGUGAUUGGGAGUGGUGCCACGGCCGUGGUGCAGGCGGCCUACUGUGAGCCCAGGAAGGAGAGGGUGGCCAUUAAACGCAUUAACCUGGAGAAGUGUCAGACCAGCAUGGACGAGCUCCUGAAAGAGAUACAGGCCAUGUCCCAAUGCCACCACCCCAACAUUGUGUCCUACUAUACGUCUUUUGUAGUGAAGGACGAGCUGUGGCUGGUGAUGCGACUCCUCAGUGGUGGCUCAGUACUGGACAUCAUUAAACACAUCAUAUCUCGUGGGGAACAUAAGUCUGGGGUUCUGGAUGAGUCGUCCAUAGCCACCAUCCUCAAAGAGGUUCUAGAAGGACUGGAGUACCUGCAUAAGAACGGGCAGAUCCACAGGUCAGGACACAUUCUGGAUCUAAAGGCCGGAAAUAUUCUUCUCGGUGACGAUGGCUCAGUGCAAAUCGCAGACUUUGGUGUGAGUGCCUUCUUAGCGGCUGGAGGAGACAUGACCAGGACCAAGGUCAGGAAGACGUUUGUUGGGACACCAUGUUGGAUGGCCCCAGAGGUCAUGGAGCAGGUCAGAGGUUAUGACUACAAAGCAGAUAUCUGGAGUUUUGGGAUCACAGCCAUUGAGCUGGCUACAGGAGCUGCACCAUAUCACAAAUAUCCACCCAUGAAGGUGCUGAUGCUGACCCUGCAGAAUGACCCUCCCUGCUUGGAGACGGGCAUCCAGGACAAGGAGAUGGUGAAGAAGUAUGGCAAGUCCUUCAGGAAGAUGAUCUCACUCUGUCUACAGAAGGAGCCUGAGAAAAGACCAACCGCUGCUGAGCUGCUGAAACACAAAUUCUUCACGAAAGCAAAGAAUAAUGAAUACUUGGAAGAGAAGCUGCUUCAGAAGGGUCCAUCGAUAGGAGACAGAUCCAAACGGGUGCGUCGCGUGCCUGGGUCCAGUGGUCGUCUCCAUAAGACCGAGGACGGGGAGUGGGAGUGGAGUGAUGACGAGUUGGACAUGGAGAGUGAAGAGGGCCAGGCUGCUGUGGCAGCUCUACGGUCUCCCAGAGUGAAAGAUGGCUGCAUCGAGAUUUUCCCUCCAGAGGAUGGUUCGCCCAGUCUGCUCCGUCCAGGAGGGGCAGGGCAGGACAAGCCAGACGAGGCCACCCUGAUCCAGGGGGACGUUCCAGCCCAGGACCCCGCUGCUGCCGCCUCCACCACCAAAGUCCCCAUCAGCCUGGUGUUGAGGUUGAGAAACUUGAAGAAAGAACUGAAUGACAUCCGGUUUGAGUUUAUGCCUGGAAGAGACUCAGCUGAUGGAGUUUCUCAGGAGUUAGUUUCAGCAGGACUGGUGGAUGGGAAAGACUUAGUGGUCGUUGCUGCCAAUUUGCAGAAGAUUGUUGAUGAUCCUCUCAACAAUAAAAAUGUCACUUUCAAACUUGCAUCUGGCAUAGAUGAGUCCGAGAUCCCUGAUGAUGUCAAGCUGAUGGGUUUCGCUCAGCUCAGCAUCAGUUAACUCAAAGGUCUUUCAUCAAAGAACAACAAAACAGUAUUGUGGAGCAGCGUAGUUCUAAUUUCUAAGACGCCACUACUGCCAAGGAGAAGAGCUGCAUUUGUCAACCUGUAGGGUUCUUUUCUUUACUGAACUCUGCUGUGUUAGUUAAAAUGGACGGGCUAUGAGAACGGGACCAGCGCAACAGUAAAACAACAACAAGUUAGAACAGGAAAUCACAUUAUGAAAGAGUUUAUAGCAGGACCGAUCCACAACGUGUAUCUGGGAGGGAGGACGACGUCGCAAUCAACGAUGUCAUCAUCGACUUAUCAUUUUUUUUAUUUUUGUUUAAUUAAUAAACAAACAACAAACCAUUUUCUUAGUUAGUGUUGUACAAUCCAAAAGCAUUAUAUAAUACAAUGUAACUGCUGCCAGUUCUGGAAGUGGUAACAACAACAUAAAUGCCUUUUUAUCGACCGUGCCACUGAACCAACUGAGUGUUGUGUGUGUGUGUGUAGAGGCCUCCACUAUUGGAUGACAUACUGUAUACUGCCUCUCAAAUGGACACCUAUUACCUACAUCGUGCACUAUUUAUGGGCUUCGGUCAAAAGUAGUGCACUAUGUAGGGAGCCGGGGGGGGGGCAUUUGGGACGUGUGCAUGGUAUAUUAGGCAGUGUAAAGGAGCAGGGGGGGGUCUUAGUAAGGAUCUAUUACAGUGUGGAUCUAUGUCGUAGAGGGAUUGAAUGGCUUGAGUUCACUUGUGAAUAUGAUUGAUAUUAAACUGUAGGGGCCCUUAGUCACACACAGUUUAACCCCCUUAUUACACCAUGACUAGCCAGUUUUCUCAUGGCAUUUCUCUUCGUGUAUAUCAUAACAUAAGUUGACGUAAGCUGUCUCAUAUGCUUUCUUGAGUGUAUCUGUUGGUUAUAACCUCUCAUAGGGGUAUCAUAAGUUGACAUUAGCUGUCAUAACCUCUCAUUGCUGUAUCAUUAGUUCAGGUUACCCCAGACAGACAGGACAGACAGACCUUGUUGCUCUAACGUGGAAGGGGGUCUGUUCAGGAGGGAGAAAUGUUACAGGGCAUAGUGAAACGUUCAGAUGUAAAAAAAAAAAAUGAUAGUGUAGAACAGAUAUGAUUGCCUGUCAUACAGAUUCAGGAGUCGGUGUCUGCUCUAUUCAUUACAUUUAUAUGUGUAAACCUUCUGGACCAUGAAUUCAGUGUUUUAAUACGUGAAGGUAAAACAAUACCUUACUGAGACCUUGAUUAUUAUGGUCUUGGGAGUGACUAUGCAACUUUGUCUCUGUAAUGUCCAGUACCAGCGGUUCACUAGCCACUGGACCGCUGUUCUCUCGCUAGCUAGCUGCCAUCACUAUGGCAACUGGACCGCUGUUCUCUCGCUAGCUAGCUGCCAUCACUAUGGCAACUGGACCGCUGUUCCCUCGCUAGCUAGCUGCCAUCACUGGGCCGCUGUUCUCUCGCUAGCUAGCUGCCAUCACUAUGGCAACUGGACCGCUGUUCCCUCGCUAGCUAGCUGCCAUCACUAUGGCAACUGGACCGCUGUUCCCUCGCUAGCUAGCUGCCAUCACUAUGGCAACUGGACCGCUGUUCCCUCGCUAGCUAGCUGCCAUCACUAUGGCCACUGGACCGCUGUUCUCUCGCUAGCUAGCUGCCAUCACUAUGGCAACUGGACCGCUGUUCCCUCGCUAGCUAGCUGUCAUUAUUAUGUCUCUUCUAUCAAUAGCUAGCUAUUUGUCAUUAUGUCUCUUAUCAAUAGCUAACUAUUUGUCAUCAUUAUGUCUCUUAUCUCACUAGCUAGCUGUCAUCAUUAAGGCCACUGGACCUCUGUACUCUCACUAGCUAGCCGUCAUCAUUAUGUCUCUAUAGACAUUAAUGUCCGUUCCGUCAUCGUAAAUGGACAAAAUAAUUUGUGUCGUCCAAUCCAUCCACUCACCUGAAAGUCACAGACUGUAGCCACUCCCACUUUACAUUGUAUGUUGGUUGGUUGGCAGUGUUGGACAAGCUACUAUGAAAAUAUAGUUUACCAAUUACUUCACGCUGGAAGAAGUUGAGCUAUACUAAAGUUACCCUUAAGGAAAACACAGCUUAACAAAAGUUACUUAGGAGAAAGUAGUUUACUACAAACUUUAUGAAAAAUAUCUAAAUCUGAAAUGGCAAACUACAAAUUAAACAAAAAGUUUAAGAAUUAGGUAGGUCUGAUUCUGAAACAGAAAGCAUAUUCAUGCUUACUUAACACAUUUAACUUGUUGCAAAAAAAAAACGUAGUGUGUAGUUCCAGUAGUUAGCUACAACGCUACUGAAAACACUACCGAGAUUUGAAUUUAAUUAAACUACCGGCAAGCUACUGCAAAAUGUAAUUAAAUGACUAGAUGAACUAAAAUUUGAAAUGUAGUUCACAACUCCUUAACACGGUUUGGUUGGUGUGUGAUGUGCGUUUGCUGGUUCAGGUACUGUUUGUAAUGUGGUCUAUUUAGCAGAUGAUGUAUUUCAAAAAGGUACGUACAUUUUUAUAAUGGGAACUGAUGAUGCAUGCCACACCAUGCACUGUCAGUCACACACCCUCCCAAAGGUAUGUUUGUGAGUAGGAGCAAAGCAAAACAUUGACUGUUUCUGGAGUACAUUUCUAAGACGGAAGAAAGGCUCUUAUUGUACAUAUGAUUACGUCAGAAAAAUAACUGGUAUACUUGAUCAGCUCACCCAGUCUAUAAGUUAAAAUAAACUACAGCGAGUUUUUUGUUUUCCUUUUGUAUUGAGUUUUCCCACUGUUGGCCUUCUGUUAGAUAUUCAUCACUAAUUCCAAGUUAUGUUGCUAAUCAUGCCACAUUUGAUUUGCUAAAUUGGCACCUUUAAAAAAAAUAUAUAUUAUUAUUAACAUAGCUGCGUAUUUUAUUUCAAAAGGCUUGUGAUCUGGCUGACAUUCUAUGAUUUUGUUGUCAUGGUGAUAUUUUAAUAUGCAAUUUGUAUUUUUCGAAUCACUGAAACCGUUCCAAUUUAGAGUUGGUUUCCUGUAGUAAGUCUCACAAACUGGAAGGAUGUUCCUCAACAAAUGUAAAUGUAGGUCUAGCUAACAAACACAACAAAAUGACAACUGACACCUUUCCCACGAGUGUGUGAUAUGCUGCUUUCAGACUGAGCAAUAAUGUUGAAGAAAGUUAGCCUGGGUGCCAGUUUCUUUGUGCCAUCAUCCCAAAUCCCUGUCACUCAUUGUCAUGGAAAACAAUGCAAUUGGCAAGAGAAUAAACAGAUUUGCGACACCCAGGCUAGAAGAAAGUGUGAGCUGAUAGCGAAAUGUCUCUUUCCCCUCUGUAUUGUGAUACCAAUUGGAAAGCCACUGUUGUCAGGUAGAUAUCUGUCACAAGGCAAACUCUUUUGAAUGAUGAGUAUUUAUUAUAACACUCUCUUGGAAAUUAAUGAACUUUAUGAUUUUUUUUUUGUAUUUUUUUUAAGUUGGUUUUACUUGAAACCAAUGCAUAUAUUUUCAAUGUUGUGUAUCGUCACAAAACGUGCACGUGAUCAAAAUCAAGUGUGUUGAUUAUUUGACGAAUGUUAUUUGUGUGACCUUUUAGAAAUUAAAUUCCAAAACUUGAUGUCAUGAAUUAAAAGCCCUUUGCAGAAUCAA